AGCUGCGAAGACUUUCGCGGCUCGUGAGCGUGUAGUUGAGGCUCUUUUUUUCGCGUUGCGUGGUGACAUCCCGGAUAUUCACUUUCAGUUGUUGCGCCGGGCGUGGUCGCGUUGGGGUGAUGGAUCCCCGUACAAUAACUACGACACAGUUGCAGAGGCGCACAGCUGUUGGGCACCCGAUCUCCGUGAAAGGGCUUUAAAGGGUCUGGCCAUGAACGCUAUACACCAGUUAUUGGCGGAAGAUGAGAUCGCGCGACUGCGUGAGGAAGUUGAGAAAAUUCUUCUGCGAGCUGCGGAAGUUCCUACUGCACAUGCCAUUUAUGGACAGACUGCUCAAUUAAAAGUGUUGUAUAACUCGAAGGUGUAAAAUACCAGGUUGGAGGCGGGAUCAUCAUCGUACUAUCUGUACCUUGAAGGUGCUGUAAGUGAUGUAUAUGACAAUGAAAAUGAAAAUAGUAUUCUUUGAUGAUGUUGUUGAAGAUGGUCUGCCUCUGUGCUCUACUAGAGGGUAGAAAAAACUACAUUUCAGAAAUGUCAUUUCUUAUACCAUGGAAGUACAAGUACGAGAGGAAAGAGGUGGCGUAGCUCCGGACCCCGAUAUCAUGUGCUGCCUCCCUUAUAUCUAUGAAAUGCCGAAGUCUUUAGUGGAUGAAGCACAUCGAGUUCGGGAGCAGCUUCUUAGCCGAGUUGAGACGAGUGGAUGAACAUGAAUUAAGCCUCAGCUUUCAAUGGUCAUUGGGGUCGGUCACUGAGAUCGAAGAAGCGACCCCUUUAGAGAACAGGGGAAAAGGAAGGGAAACGGGAGAGCUUUGAAGGAGGUCUCCUCCGUUCAGCAUCAGUGACCAUUGAAUGCUGAGCUUUAAAUGAAGCACGUGAGGAUGAUGCGCCAGCGGAUCGAGUUUUUAUUAAGGCAUUCAUAGAAUUCAUUUCUCCUGCAAAUCAUUUCUUGCUGUUUCCUUCUUCAUAGGAUCGCAAGAAAUGAAUUGUUUUGAGCUCUAAUUUUAGGCAUCUGCGAAUGUGUUGUAAUAGUGACGAUGUGGUGGCCUGGUCUGGGAACUAUUACUAUCAAUUGUUAGCAAAAAUGAAAGCGUGUACGGGGUCGGGGUCUAGCUCUUCUAGUGAAAGGAGGCUUAUAACACAGCGAGGCGGUGGCGGAAUAGAAGAAGGAGCACCACCUCCCUUGUGUCAACUCAGAAGUACAACUUAGAUGAACAAGAUGAUGAACAAGCUGGACCACGUCUUUGAAUGAUCAUGAGGACACUUCAUUUCUGAGGUGUCCCUUAAACUGAUCGGACCAUUAAUUUGCUUACCUCCACAAACACCCACUUUGACCUCCAGACCAAGCCCUUAGUGUGUGCGCGCCUUGAGUAGGACUGACAGUAGCAGGGGUGAUUUCUUUAGAAAGAUAUUGAGCUCAUAUCGUUGCCGCAUUUCAUGAGAUUCUCUGGUUCUAGGUCCUGCGUAGCCUGUGUAGCUCCCUAGAUGUUGUCGUGCUGGACUAACUACUAUACAAACUCGAAAUAAGUUCUUGAUAAGAAGACAACGACCAUGCAGCUCAUUCUUGAUGCGAUUACCAGAGGAUAUUAAUACGUUGUGCAUAUAUGCCAUUUCGUUCUCUUUUGCAACUUUGUACUUACGUUGUUCUCUUUUACAACUUUUUUUUUGAAAUAUCUAAAGUCGUGAGGACUUCGCAAUGAAGAUGCAAUUACUGCUGAGAGGACGUCGGCAGGCCUCAACCUCUUCGUUCAAGAAUUUAAAACUACACCUACUAGCCUGCAUCUUCUAGUGCUCAUCCAACAAAAGAUCUUGUCGCGUCUCCUUCGUCGUGCUUGUUCACUGACUUCAAGAACCAGGC